AUGGAUUCUCUCACCACUCACCCAUCGAACGCGCAGCAGGCUCGUGCCUUCACGGCUACCUCGUCGUUGUCAUUCCCCGGCGGGGCUGGAGAUUUGACUCCUCCUAACUCCGAAAAGGAGGCUAUGGCUCAGGGUGUCAAUAGUCAGCAGGUUGGAAAUGCCCCCAACGGCAACGGGGUGACUCCCGCUUCUCCUGCGACCCCCGCUGCGACCCCUACUGCGACUACUGGAAGCUCUGGCAUCGUGCCCACUUUGCAGAAUAUCGUGGCCACCGUCAACCUUGACUGCCGUCUUGAUCUCAAGACCAUUGCGCUCCACGCUCGCAACGCCGAGUACAAUCCUAAGCGUUUCGCUGCCGUGAUCAUGCGUAUCCGUGAGCCCAAGACAACUGCUCUUAUCUUCGCCUCAGGCAAGAUGGUCGUUACCGGUGCCAAGUCUGAGGAUGACUCGAAGCUCGCCUCUCGCAAGUACGCGCGCAUCAUCCAAAAGCUUGGCUUCAACGCCAAGUUCACCGAUUUCAAGAUCCAGAACAUUGUUGGCUCCUGCGAUAUCAAGUUCCCCAUCCGUUUGGAGGGACUGGCCUCUCGUCACCACAACUUCAGCUCCUACGAGCCUGAGUUGUUCCCUGGUCUGAUUUACCGCAUGAUGAAGCCCAAGAUCGUUCUGUUGAUCUUUGUCAGUGGCAAAAUUGUCCUGACUGGUGCUAAAGUCCGCGAGGAGAUCUAUCAGGCUUUCGAGCUGAUCUACCCUGUGCUUUCUGAUUUCCGCAAGGUUUAA